AUGGCAACGGGAGCAGGAUGGGCGCAGUUGCGCCAGCAGCUCAGGACCCUUGAGAGUCAGACUGAGGCUCUAUUUCACACUUAUUCACAAUAUACUUCGACCCCAAACCUUCCUCCUAAACCGUCAGACGAAGAAAGAAGAAACGAGGCCGACAUCGAGGAAUUACUGGAGAAGCGUGAUGGCUUGAUAUCCCAGCUGUCGCGGCUCCUGGACUCGGAAAGUGCUUUGAGCACGUCGACAUUAAAACAAAGCAACCUUGCCCGCCAUCGCGAACUUCUGAGCGAACACCGCCAGGAACUACGACGGCUCAGGUCCUCCAUCUCUGAGGCUCGUGACCGGCAACACCUUCUUACCAAUGUCCGGUCAGACAUCGAUGCCUUUCGAAGUUCGAAUCCUGCUGAAGCAGAGGCGGAAUACAUGCUGCAAGAACGAGCUCGGCUUGAUCAGAGCCACAGUACGAUCGAUGGCGUGUUGGCGCAGGCAUAUGCAAUCAAUGAGAAUUUCGGGAUCCAGAGAGAAACGCUGACAAGUAUCAACCGAAGGAUAACGUCGGCGGCAGCACAGAUACCUGGUGUCAACGGGUUGAUUUCGAGAAUUGGGUCUAAAAGACGACGGGAUGGGAUUAUCUUGGGAUCCUUCAUUGCUUUCUGUUUCUUGCUGCUGCUUUACUUCAGCUAA